AGUCCGGCUAAAUAUGUUGGUCGUUCGUUCGUAAACGUCAAAAAUUGGUAGACGAAAUUGGCGAGAAAAUGCGCGAUAAACGGAACUUCUUCGUUUUGGUAAAUGUUUUGUUGUUGCAUUUGUGCUUGCUGGUUGACAUUACGGACACGCAGUUGGUUAUUAACGUCAGGAAUCAGGGCGGCGACGUCGUCCAGGAGAACAUAUCGGCUAACAUCACCGACGACACCGUCACAUUGGAAUUCCAAAGAUCCGACGGCACGCUCGUCACCCAAUUAAUUGACUUCAGGAAUGAAGUGCAAAUACUCAAAUCGCUGAUCCUCGGCGAAGAGGAGCGCGGCCAAAGCCAGUACCAAGUGCUCUGCUUCAUAUUCCACUUUCCCAAGGAAUCUUUCAUCUCUUCGGAUGCAAUGGCGAAGCUGCGGCAGAAGAACCCCAGCGCCAUCCGGUUACCGGAAGAGGAUCUCGGCAGAAGCAACCAUUCCAUGGACUACGUAGUAUUGCUCAAGCAUUCCGGGAUUAUAUCUCCUCACAUAGCCGAUGCUUGCGCUGAAGCCGGCUUGGCUACCUACACACUUCACGAAGACGUCGUCAAAUGGGCGACAGCUCAAGGUUUACCGGUGAUGUCUUACAAACCGGCUUUGAAAAAAUUCCCGACGACGCCGGAUCGCUUCUCGAACGACGCCGACGGCGAAUCGGCGCCCGCCUGCACGGACAUUAAGAACAUGUGGACGCCGUGUCGGUGCCACUUGGAGUUGUGCAUAGGCUGGUACCCUUGCGGGCUGAAGUAUUGCAAAGGCAAAGGUCACGCGAGGAAUUCGGUAAUGAGUUACAGGUGCGGUAUUAAAACGUGUCGCGUGUGCCAUCUCUUCGACUAUUACGUGUCCCAGAAGCAGCAGUGUUUGUGGGACGAAUGACCGUAGUUCUAGUACGGAUUUUUUGUAUAUAUUUGUAUUUUGCCUUAAUAUUCGCUUGAUGAAGAACGGACCAACAUGCCUUAGAGCUGGAUAGGUAAUGUAUAGAUACUGUGGAAUUAUGUCCAAAGUUUCGAUGAUGUUUUAUUUUUUAUCGAAAAGUGCCAAAUUGUUAAUUAAUAGUAAAAAAUGUAUAUAAACGAAUGCAGGAUUUUAUAAAAAAAUUGAUGGGUAAAAAUUGGUUUCAUUCUUUCAGGUGAUAUUAUUAAAUUUUCAACGAAAUAGAUUUUGGGACCAAUUUGACAUGGGGAUUAGUAAAUUUUAAGUAACACAAACACAAAUGGCUUGGUUGCUAGAUGAAGUUCAAACAACAAGUAAUAGUUUAAUAAUAAAAAUGAGAUAUUUCAUUACAAAUAACAGUUUAAUGUCAAAUAAAUAAAUUGUAUUAUUUAAAACCUAUUGUUUUAAAAAUUAUAGACUGUUUAAGAGUAAUUUAUUGCAUACUGAAACUUUGGACAAAUUUCAAUUUAUUGUAAAUUUAGCUAGUUUGUACAUUUUGAGUUGUAUAAUGUAAAGAAGUUCAUAAUGAAUAGGAAAUUGUUGGUGAACGAAUUACAUUAUUAUUACAUCUAUAAAUUUGUUCCUUAAUUUAUAUAUAAGGCAGAUAAAAAUGCAAGUUUUUGAAACGAAAAAGAAAUGUGUUAAUUAUUUAAUAUGCUCCUAGCAAUUGACAAUCAAUGUUCUUACUUAACGUUUAGUUUUUAAUUAGUUUUGGCCUAAGAAGGACAAUACACCAACGAUUUCUUAAAUAAAAUAGGUUUAAAUAACGUAAUAUGUUGCAAGAAAAAAGACCUUAAU